AUGACCUCUAGGAAGAAAGUGUUGCUGAAGGUUAUCAUCCUGGGAGAUUCAGGAGUUGGUAAGACAUCACUCAUGAACCAGUAUGUGAACAAGAAAUUCAGUAAUCAGUACAAAGCCACAAUAGGAGCAGACUUUCUGACAAAGGAGGUGAUGGUGGAUGACAGACUAGUUACAAUGCAGAUCUGGGACACAGCAGGACAGGAACGGUUCCAGUCUCUUGGUGUGGCCUUCUAUAGAGGUGCAGACUGCUGCGUCCUGGUAUUUGAUGUGACUGCCCCCAACACGUUCAAAACCCUCGAUAGUUGGAGAGAUGAGUUUCUCAUCCAGGCCAGUCCUCGGGAUCCUGAAAACUUUCCUUUCGUGGUGUUGGGAAAUAAGAUUGACCUUGAAAACAGACAAGUGGCCACGAAACGAGCACAGGCCUGGUGCUACAGCAAAAACAACAUUCCCUACUUUGAGACUAGUGCCAAGGAGGCCAUCAACGUGGAGCAGGCAUUCCAGACGAUUGCACGGAAUGCACUUAAACAGGAAACGGAGGUGGAACUGUACAAUGAAUUUCCUGAACCCAUCAAACUGGACAAGAACGACCGAGCCAAAGCCUCGGCAGAAAGCUGCAGUUGCUGA